AAGUUGCAGACUUACAGCAGAGUACUAAGUAUUCUUUCAUUCUUAAUCAUGUUUCGAGUUUAAUUUUGGGUAUGAAGUCGGUUUGAGUAAGAAGCCCAUCAUAGUUAAACUUUUUGAAGGAAAUUCGGAUUAAUGGGGCUCUAACAAGGAUACUGGAUAUUGAAAAUUGAAAAUGGGAAACAAAAAUAAAAAGAAAGGAUCAUCUAAAUCCGUCAACAUGCAUUAACGCCGUUACUUCUAGCAAGUAGCAAGUAGUCCCCCACUCAAUUCCCACUCUUUGCUUCACUCACUUCAUUUGCUUCUUUCUACUACCACACUUGCCAUUCUUCCUCAUCCAAUGUCUACUAUGGAAUCCAUCAUCCAUAUCCACUACUUAUCUUCAACAUUGCUUAUAAUUCUAGUGUUUCUGAGCCCGGUUAUGGCGACUUCUAUCGGCGUAAACUAUGGUCAGAUAGCGGAUAAUCUUCCUCCACCAGAAAAAGUGGUUCCCUUAGUCAAAUCCAUGGGAGCUACCAGAGUGAAGCUAUAUGAUGCUGAUCCACAUGUGCUCAAAGCCUUUGCGAACAGCGGUGUUGAAUUCAUUGUCAGCCUUGGCAAUGAAUACCUCUCCGAUAUGAAGGAUCCUGCUAAAGCUCAAGCUUGGGUUAAAACCAAUGUGCAAGCCUAUUUACCUGCGACUAAAAUCACGUGUAUAGCAGUUGGAAAUGAAGUACUUACGUCCAACGACACUUCACUAUCCGGCAAUCUCAUGCCUGCUAUGGAAAAUGUUUACGCUGCGCUAGUCAAUUGCAACUUGGACAAGCAAGUCAGUGUCACCACUGCUCAUUCUGUUGCGAUUCUAGGGACUUCCUACCCGCCUUCUGCAGGCGCUUUUCGUAAAGAUCCUGUGACCUGUGUUACACAGGUGUUGGACUUUCAUUGUAAAACUGGUUCUCCUUUUUUGAUCAAUGCAUAUCCUUAUUUUGCAUAUCAGGCGGAUCCAAAACAGGUGCCACUCGAUUUCGUGCUCUUUCAACCUAAUCAGGGAAUUAUUGAUCCUGUAACCAAUCUUCAUUACGAUAACAUGCUUUACGCUCAAAUUGAUGCGGUUCACUCUGCUUUAGCUUCAAUUGGCUACAAAAACAUGUGCGUUCAGAUCUCAGAAACAGGAUGGCCAUCCAAAGGUGACGCCAAUGAGCUCGGGGCAACGAUGGAUAAUGCUAGGAAAUACAAUUGCAAUCUCAUCAAACUUGUGAGUCAGAAAAAGGGAACUCCAUUGAGGCCUAAUUCCAAUUUGAAUGUAUACGUAUUUGCCCUGUUUAACGAGAACUUGAAGCCUGGCCCAACAUCAGAGCGGAACUACGGCCUUUUCAAGCCUGAUGGAACACCGUCUUACCCCUUAGGAUUCUCCGGCAUCACCAACACCGUCAGUGCUAAUAGUAGCUCAGGUAGUAGUUCAAGAUCUGGCAGUGGUGGUUCUUCAACACCGACGUCGUGGUCACCGCAGGACGGGAGUUCCUCAUCUGGCUAUAUGUCCAUUACUUCUGAUUCGGGAAGAGUUCUAUUUUGCUGGAAAUCCUUGAUUCUCCGACUCCACAUUGUAUGUUGUUUAAUGUCACUUCUUUUUUCCCAACUGUAAUUUCUAUUGGCUGAAUUAUUGUCAGGUCCGAGGAAAGGUCUGCAUACACGUUAUCCUUUCUGACUCCACUUGUAAAAUUAUACUAGAUAUAUUAUUAUUUUCUGCCAUUGUUGAAAACGGUUGUAAAAGCCAAUUUGGCUCUUUCCCCUUGGCUAGCUGCUCCAUUUUUAUUCUUUGA